AUGGUGAAGGUGAACGCCUCAGUGCACAGGCUGGAGGUGGAGGCCUACAGGGCCGUCUACAAGGUCUUCGCGGCCACAAACACCUUCAAUCUGCAGACGGACAAGCUUCUCACGAUGCUGCGCCAUGAGCUGCACAUUCAGAGCACGGACGAGUUGGAAAUCAAAGAGACCAUAGAAAGUGACCCCGACGUCGUCGCCAUCCGCGACGGCAAGGUCCCGCCGUCCGAGAAGAAGGCCAAGACCGCUGCGCCAGCGGCCGCGAUGCGCCUCAACCCCCCCGACGCAGACAUGCCGCCGCCGCCGCCCCGGGCGACGCAGAGCAAGAAGCGGCGCGCGCUCGAGCGCAUCAAGCCCGCGCCGGCGCCCGCGAACCCCACGGGCCCGGCCCCGGGCGCGCAGGAGCGCCCCACCGCGUCCAGCAUCAACGUCGACGAACUCAUUGGGCGCAAGGUUAUACGGUUCUGGCCGGACGAGGGCGGCUGGCACGAGGCGGUCGUGACGGACUACCGCAAGGAGUCGGACGAGCACUGCCUCACGUACAACUUGGGGCUCGGGCCGGAGAAGGAGAAAUGGGAGUGGUUCCAACUGCGGAAGAAGUGCGCAGCGAACCCGAGCGAGAUCCGGAUGACGUCGGAGUACGUCAACCUCCUGGACGCCGUCGUCCCGUCGCAGGCGCUCACCGUGACGCAGGUCGAGGCCAUCUCCAGUGCCACCAAGAUCGAGCCCGGGUUCCAGUCGCGCCUCGCGCAGGCCACGCAGGUCGGCGAGGACGCCCUCAAGCGCCUCAAAGACGAGGUGGACAUGAGCGGGCUGAAGCUCAAGUCGGAGAUGAUGGUGUUGGACAUGCUGGACGCCAUGCCUGACGGCAGCACUAAGGACCAGGAGGUGGCGAUGCUGGAGGCGAAGCUGCGGGAGGUGUCGGCGCGCGAAGCGCAGCUGCGGCAGCAGAUCGAGACGGUGAUCGAGCUGUGA